AUGAAGUUGUCGCCGGUCCGUUUGAGCUUGGAAUUUGGAAAACUGGGAAAGAUUUAUGGACAAUACAAAUUUACCUUGGCUCCGAAUGAGCAAAGAGUAUUCAAAGGAUUUUGGAAAGAUGCCAUUUUAAAGGUAUUAAGAAACACUUGGUUCGAUCGUUGGUAUCUCUGGUUACCUCAGGGUGUAGUAUUCUACUUCAUGACAAACUUGUGCGUGAAGAUGAACUAUGAAGCUUACCGGAAGAAACCGGAAGAUUUCAUCAGUGAAGGAGUAUCGAAAGAUGCGAAGUAG